CUGGCUUCUUCCAUGCCAGAAUGCAUUGACCUACAAUGAUGUGCAUGUGAACUUCACUCGAGAAGAGUGGGCUUUGCUGGAUCCUUCCCAGAGGAGUCUCUACCAAGAUGUGAUGCUGGAGACCUACAGGAAUCUCACUGCUAUAGGCUACAGUUGGGAAGAUCAUAAUAUUGAAGAGCAUUGUCAGAGUUCUAGAAGACAUAUAAGGUAUGAAAAUAGUCAUAGUGCAGACAAACCCCCUGAAGAUACUCAAUAUGACGAAGGCUUUACACAUCACAGGAGUCCCCACACAUAUGAAAGUAAGCAUAUUCGUGAGGACCGCUACGAAUCAAACCAAUAUGGUGACGCUUUUGCACAUAACAGUCAUCUAAGACAUAAAAGGACACAUAUAGGAAAGAAACCUCAUGAAUGUAACCAAUGUGGUAAAGCCUUUGCAGGUAAUAGUACUCUUAUAAUACAUAAAAAAGCUCAUACUGGAGAGAAACGUUAUGAAAGUAACCAAUGUGGCAAAGCCUUGGCAAAUGAUGGUCAUCUCCUAAGACAUAGAAGAACUUACAAUGGAGAAAAACCUUAUGAAUGUAACCAGUGCGGUAAAGCCUUUGCAUGUAACCGUGAUCUCCUAAGACAUAAAAGAACUCACACUGGAGAAAAACCCUAUGAAUGUAACCAGUGUGGUAAAGCCUUUGCAUACAACAAUGGUCUCCUAAUACAUAAAAGAACUCACACUGGAGAAAAACCUUAUGAAUGUAACCAAUGUGGUAAAGCCUUUGCACAGAGGUGUACUCUCCUAUUACAUAACAGAACUCACACGGGAGAGAAACCCUAUGAAUGUAACCAGUGUGGUAAAGCCUUUGCAAACAGGUAUACUCUCCUAGUACAUAACAGAACUCACACUGGCGAAAAACCUUAUAAAUGUAACCAGUGUGGUAAAGCCUUUUCAUCUAACCAAAAGCUCCUACUACAUAAAAGAAUUCACACUGGAGAGAAACCCUAUGAAUGUAACCAGUGUGGUAAAGCCUUUGCAUACAACUAUGUUCUCCAAAUACAUAAAAGAGUUCACACGGGAGAGAAACGUUAUGAAUGUAACCAAUGUGGUAAAGCCUUUUCACAGAACAGUCAUCUUCUAAGACAUAAAAGAACUCACACUGGAGAAAAACCUUAUGACUGUAACCAAUGUGAUAAAGCCUUUGCAUCUAACACUGAACUCCUAAUACAUACAAGAACUCACACGGGAGAAAAACGUUAUGAAUGUAACCAAUGUGAUAAAGCCUUUGCAUGUAACAGUAAUUUCUUAAGACAUAAAAGAACUCACACUGAAGAAAAACCCUAUGAAUGUAACCAAUGUGGUAAAGCCUUUGCAUGUAACAGUGAUUUCCUAAGACAUAAAGGAACUCACACUGGAAAAAAACCUUAUGAAUGUAACCAAUGUGGUAAAACCUUUGCACAGAGGUAUACUCUCCUAGUACAUAACAGAACUCACACUGGAGAAAAACCCUAUGAAUGUAACCAAUGUGGUAAAGCAUUUGCACAGAACAGUAGUCUCCAAAUACAUAAAAGAAUUCACACGGGAGAGAAACCUUAUGAAUGCAACGAAUGUAGUAAAGCCUUUGCAUAUAACAGUGUUCUCCUAAGACAUAAAAGAACUCACACUGGAGAAAAACCUUAUGAAUGUAACCAAUGUGGUAAAGCCUUUGCUUAUAACAGUGUUCUCCUAAGACAUAAAAGAACUCACACUGGAGAGAAACCUUAUGAAUGCAAUGAAUGUCGUAAAGCCUUUGCACAGAACAGUCAUCUGGUAGUACAUAAAAAAAUUCACACUGGAGAGAAAUCUGAUGAAUGUACCCAAAGUGAUAAAGUCUAUGCAUUUCAGAGUAGUCUGAAGACAACAAGAACACACCUUGGGGAAAAACCUUAUGAAUGUAAGCAGUGUGGAAUCACCUUUUUACAACAGUCUCCUAAUACAUAAUAAUCCAUGUUGCAGAAAAUCCUUAUGAACAUAACCAGUGUCAUAAAGUCUUAUCAUGUAAGAGUCAUCUUAAACAAGAACACUUAUUGGAGUGAAAUCCUAUGAAUGUAACCAAUGUGUCAAAAACUUUGCAUGCCAUAAUAAUCUCCAUGUACAUAGAAGAAUGCACACUGGAGAGAAACUUUAUGAAUGUAACCAAUGUGAUAGAGCAUUUUGACAUAAUAGUAAUCUCCUAUGACAUAAAAAAAGACAUACUGGAGAGAAGCCAUAUGAAUGUAAGCAAUGUGGUAAAGCCAUUGCAUGUAACAGUAGUCUCCUAAUACAUAAAAGAACUUACACUGGAGAGAAGUCUUAUGGAUGUAGUCAAUGUGGUAAAGCCUUUGCAUUUAACAGUCAUCUCCUAAUACAUAAAAGAGCUCACUGGAGAGAAACCUUAUUAAUGUAACCUAUGUGGUAACAUAAUUUCUCCAGGAGGGAUACAUUUCUUAAACAUUCCCAAAUAAUACCACCAACUGAGAAGGAUUCAUUCCUCUGACUUCAAACGUACGUGUUUCAUUUCUGUCACAUGAAAGAAUUCAUGAUGAAGAAAACUUUUAUAGAUAAGCCUGUAGUUGCCUCAACACCUGAGUUCAGUAAUGAAUGCUUAUAUAAGUAAAACAUUCAUGAGUAAACAUAUAUUUGUUUAAGAAUUUGUUUUUCCAUUAUGUGAUAACAGUUUGUCUUUGUGUUUCAAUGUGACUGUCCAUUCUAGUUUCCAUGAAGACCAGACCUUAUUGUCUGGUCUUUCUGAGACCAGAUCUUCUCAUACCAGGAAUUCUAGAAAGUUGUCAAAAACCUUACCUAGGUCCUGGGAAUGAACUUGUCUUAACUACAAAGCGAUGUCUCUAGUACUGUAAAUAUCUUAUAUUAUCAUAUCAGGAAGUAGAAAAGAAUUCAUAGAAGAGAGCAACCCUAUUCGUACAAAAGAGUUGAUUACUUUGUACAUAAUAAAUGUAUCCAUUUUCAAGAAAAGAAACUUGUUUGUAUCUGUUUUUAUCAUAGCCUUGGAGGAAGUAAAUUAUUUACCAUGUUCCCUUAAAUGUAAUGGAGGAGAUCACCAAUUGUGAUUGUGGUUUGAAUUAUGAACAUUGGAGUAGGGAUUGAAUUUGCUGUAUGUGUAGCAAAUCCAUUCACAGAAGUUUAUGUGGUUGUUCUGAUAUUCCUUCUGUGGUGGCUGUUCAGAUCCUAAUGCAUUUCCACUUGGUGAAAGGUAUUUUUCUGUGCAAUGUAUAGAAUGGGAUCCCCAUCAUCUAUGUGGUUCAUUGCUUAUUUAUAUUAGGUAGUGUGUGAUCAUAGUUUUGGAGGAAGGGUCUCUGAGAAUGUGUGGUAUUUUUUUUAUGUUUUCACAAAUUUAUUUAAAAUGUUUGUUUUUAAGCCUUGCUUGGAUAUCUAUAAUUAAUAAAUGCUUAAUAGUAUGUGUGUGUGUAUAUGUAUGUAUAUAUUGUUUGAAGUUCCAUGUUUCUGCAUGUUCCCAUAUUUACUAUAUGGGACAUAAUCUUGAAGUACUUCCUCUUAGUAGAGGUGCUAGUUAAUGUAACAGCAACAAGAUUUAUUUCAAAAAAGCAUGUUGUGUGUUUAGUGGACUAUUCAUUCUUAGGCUAUGACAGAUGUAUGAAGAGUGAGACACUGUGGGGUUUAUUUUGGUCAUGCUUAUAUGAUUUUCAAGGUUAUGUUGUCAGUUUUGCAUACCACAAUCUCUUCCCACUGAGCUCAUUGAGAUGCAUAAAACUUAGUUGAAACAUUACAUCAGUACAAUAUUGUCUUUUAUUCAGAGUAUGAAUAUAUUUUCAUCUGAG